GUUUGACCUUAUCACGUUUGACCAUGCGUUUGACAGACUGUCGGUGGCUUGCUGCCAUGGUGGCUGCACGGUGAAAUUCAUCCCGACAGGAGUAUAACAUGCAAAUACUUGUCUUUUGAGUGUUGUCGCCAUACAGGCUCUUGCCACAGUAAACGCAGGGAACAAUGGUGAAGUAUUUCUGCUGCGGAGGCUUGCUCAAAAGCAACUGGGACCAAGUUUGUGUUGCUUUCUGGCAACGAUAUCCCAACCCUUACAGUAACCAUGUUUUGACUGAGGACAUCAUUUUCCGGGAGGUUACUCCAACCAACUGCCUCAUUUCCAGACGUCUCUUGACCAAAACGAGCCGAGCGCCUCGCUGGAUGGAGCGGUACCUACCAAAGCACAUGGCCAGCUCGGCAUACAUCAUUGAGGACUCUAUUGUGGACCCUCAGAAAAGGACCAUGACCACACUCACAUGGAACAUCAGCCACGCUCGCCUCAUGUCCGUGGAAGAGCGGUGCAAGUACCAAAUUAACCCUGACAAUAGCAGCUGGACACAGAUAAAAAGAGAAGCUUGGAUCUCUUCCAAUAUCUAUGGGCUCUCCAGAGCUAUUCAGGAAUUUGGUCUUGCAAGGUUCAAGACCAGUGUUACAAAGACCAUGAAGGGCUUUGAAUAUGUGCUGGCCAAAAUGCAAGGUGAAACUCCGUCGAGAACUUUAGCGGAAACUGCUACGGAGCGAGCAAGAGAGACGGCACUGGCAGCUAAGGAGAAAGCCAAAGACCUCGCCUCACAGGCCCACAAGAAACAAUAUGUGUGAUGAGUUGAUGAUGAUAUAUAAGCGGUUCUUUUGCCACGGAUACUGCGACAGAUUUAUCUUUACCACCCCCGCUCCCCCCAGCAUUGGGGGUAAGACAAACUGAUCCCGGUCAUGGGUUAGACACCGGACCUCUAUGAGGAAGCCGCCAACUCAAAUGGUGGGUGGACCAUAUAAGGCCUGAGCUGGGUUCAAGAGCCUGUUCCAACCUCCUAGAAUAUAUUGUACCUUUGAUACUAGAUCAUCUCAGUAUUUACCAUGGAUAGAGAUCUUAGAGGAAUGCUUGAAUAUGGCUCUGGGUGCCAUAAAAUAAUAAUUGAUACUGUUCCUCCGACCUUUGUGCCCAUGAACGUUUACUUUUUACUCUGUUCCUUUCAGUAUGUCAUGUUAUUCUGUAAUAGCUUUGUAUUAUUAACCGCUUAGAUUAGCAUACCACAUAAGUAUCCAAUUAAUGCAAAUUCAUGUUUAUGAUUUACUGCAGUUAUAUGUUUUGUCACAAAUAAUAAGAGUUUAUCUUUUAGUUCAUUUCACCCAACCACACCUUAAUCAUCCUACCAAGACUGAUUGCUUCAAGUUGAAGUUCGUGGACUGAAGAAAGGUCCGUAUUGUUGACGGUCAUAGCUUGAUCAGAAAUACUUAGCAGUAAGAUGUGGUUGCAAUGGACAUAAGUGUCUUGGCCUAAAUUUAAAAUGCAUGUACACAGGCAAAAAUGUUACCUUGUCUAGUACAUUGAGCUUAGGUCUGAUACAACCCAUGCAACAAUGUGCUCUUACUACACUCACCUAAAGGAUUAUUAGGAACACCCUACUAAUACUGUGUUUGACCCCCUUUCGCCUUCAGAACUGCCUGAAUUCUUUGUGCCAUUGUUUCAACAAGGUGCUGGAAGCAUUCUUUAGAAAUGUUGGCCCAUAUUGAUAGGAUAGCAUCCUGCAGUUGAUGGACAUUUGUGGGAUGAACAUCCAGGGCACGAAGCUCCCGUUCCACCACAUCCCGAAGAUGUUCUAUUGGGUCGAGAUCUGGUGAUUGUGGGGACCAUUUUAGGACAGCGAACUCAUCGUCAUGUUCAAGAAACCAAUUUGAAAGGAUUCGACCUUUGUGACAUGGUGCAUUAUCCUGCUGCAAGUAGCCAUCAGAGGAUCCCAGUAACUGAGCAGAUUGUGAAAUACUCAGACCAGCCCGUCUGGCACCAACAACCACGCCACGCUCAGAGUUGCCUAGGUCACCUUUCUUUCCCAUUCUGACAGUUUGUCAGAAUUGGAGUCAGAAUCUCAGUUUGGAGUUCAGGAGAUUGUCUAGACAGGCACGACACCCCUAAAUGCAUUAAAGAAGCUGCCGUGUGAUUGGUGGAUUAGAUAAUUGCAUUAACGAGAAAUAUUACAAGUGUUCCUAAUAGUCCUUUAGGUGAGUGUAUAUCAAUUCAGUAUCAGCUUGUCAAUAAAUGGAGCGUUCCUUUGUAGCCAUCA